AUGGAUAGUUCAGGCUCAAAAUACAAUGGUGGAGAGCGUAACACGUUUUUGUCGCGAGUUUUUGGACCACAUUCGACGGUUGGAAAUUCAAUGGGCAACACUGAAAUGACACAAAUAUCACAGGUAAGUGAGCGCUCAUCGCUACACAAUGACGAUUUGAGAAUUAUAGAGUCAGACCAGGGAAGCUCUUCAGAUGAGGAUGUUGAUUCCGAGCACUACCAUGGACGCAUACGGCCGUUCGAUGGCAUCGAAAGCGUAGUUUUAGAUCCGGAUUCGGACCUUGAAGAAUCUAGCAAUCACAGCAGCUCGAUAGCGUCGAUACCGAAAGUCGGACAAGGUGGUGAGAGUGAUGAUAGCGAAUUCCAGGAGUCUUCCGUGGCAGGAGGAGAGGGCAAUGUUGAUGAUUCCAGUCAACACAAGAACGGCCCCAACAGCCCGCCUUUGUCCAAUCAAUAUUUACAAACCAAGAAGCUCGGGGGCGAGCCUAGAAACUCAAAUCAACGCUCUCCAGAAAUUCAUGGGAGCAGUUCAAAUGAUCGCAUGUUCUCUAAGGCUUUUCCUAAUGGCAGAAGGACAUUCUUGAAGUUCAAUGAGAACAGAGCAGCAGAUCAGGAGGAAAGUUUUUUAUUCCGCAAGGGAUCAGUGUGGGAUGAGGAGAGCCAGGGGCGCCAUAAGGGGCAGCCAAAAGCUCCCGGGCUCUUUCAUAACUUUGCGAACAUUAAGCAGACGCCAAAAAAUCGGUUAAGCACUUUGAGCCCUCGUGAAAGAGCGCUGUGGAAGUGGGCAAACGUGGAGAAUCUGGAUAUUUUUCUGCAAGAAGUUUACGACUACUACUUGGGCAAUGGCUUUUACUGCAUUUGCAUUGAAAAAGCUCUAAAUAUUGCGACGCUUCUGUUUGUCGUCUUCAUAUCCACCUAUCUGGGGUGUUGCAUAGACUUCUCGAAACUGCCUACUAGUCACAAACUAUCAGAAGUCCAGAUUGACAAAUGUUAUAGUACCCAGAUAACAGGUACGACAAAAGCGCUGCUUUGGGGCUUCUACAUAUUCGUUUCGCUGAAGUUGGUUCAGUUAUACUUCGAUAUCAAAGCUUUAAGGGACAUUCACCAGUUUUACACUUAUUUACUUGGUAUCUCAGACAAAGAAUUGCAGACAAUUGCAUGGCAAAAUGUGAUUAGGCAAAUCAUGCUUUUAAAAGAUCAAAAUGCUGUAACUGCUAACGUGGUUGAGGUGAAGGCAAAGAAUAGGAUAGAUGCUCAUGAUGUUGCUAAUCGAAUAAUGAGAAAAGAGAACUAUCUUAUUGCUUUAUUUAACAACGAUGUUUUGGAUCUCUCACUUCCCAUUCCAUUGUACAGAACUAGUACGUUAACGAAAACUUUAGAGUGGAACUUGAACCUGUGUAUUAUAGGGUUUGCUUUCAACGAAUCAGGAUACCUCAAACAAAGUUUUCUGAAAACAUCCCAAAGAAGCUACUUGGAGGAAGAAUUGCGCAAGAGGUUCAUGCUGGCAGGCUUUCUAAAUAUCAUUCUCUCUCCAUUUCUGGUUGCAUACUUUGUGUUACUGUACUUCUUCCGCUAUUUUAAUGAAUACAAGACAAGUCCAAGUGCCAUAAGCUCCCGGCAAUAUACUCCAAUAGCCGAAUGGAAGUUCAGAGAGUACAACGAACUUUAUCAUCUCUUUCAGAAGCGGUUGGGAUUGAGUGUCGAAGCUGCUAAUCAAUAUAUCGACCAAUUCCCAAAGGAAAAAACUAAUUUGAUAAUGAAGUUUGUGGCAUUUAUUUCAGGAUCCUUUGUUGCGGUUUUGGGGCUUUUGGCAAUCUUUGACCCGGAGAAUUUCUUGAAUUUCGAGUUAACAAGUGAAAGGUCAGUACUAUUUUACAUUAGUAUUUUCGGAACAAUCUGGGCGGUUUGCCGUAAUUCAGUUUCCGGGGAAUACAAAGUGUUUGAUCCCGAGGCUACAUUAAAAGAAGUGGUCGAGUGUUUGCACUUCGAUCCAAAAGACUGGAGGGACAGGUAUCACACCGAGGAAGUCAAAAAUGAAUUUUGCAAACUAUUCAAUUUGAGGAUAAUAUUGCUUUUUAGGGAGCUGGCGAGCCUCAUUAUGACGCCCUUCAUUUUAUGGUUUUCAUUACCUAGAUCAUCAGGGAAGAUCAUCGAUUUCAUGAGAGACGUUUCGGUGUAUGUCGAUGGAUUGGGAUACGUUUGCAAAUUUGCUACAUUUGACAUCCCUAACGAUGCACACGAUCAAUUACCUAAGCGUCGGGUUUCCCACCGUGCAACUCGAGUCGAACAAGACGAAGACGUCUCUGGAACCUCAAAUAUCGAAGAAACUUCAGAAUCGGACAGCGAAAUGAGCGAUAAAAGUGUUGACAAGAUGGUACGGUCAUACAUGUAUUUUCUGGAUAGCUACCAGAAUAACGACAAUGCUGUUGGGAAACACCAGCUGCCAAAAAACUAUCAUGCGGGUAAGGUUGCCGGACAGUCAACGUGGCUUAACACAAACUAUUCAUGGAAAAGGCAGUUUCAGCCGGGUCAACGGCCAGAGAAUGUACGGUUAGGGUUUGGUGAUGACGCUCACCCCGUAUCUAUGGAGCAAAACACAUCAACGAACGAUCAACUGAAAUCUCGUUCAAAGGGUCAGCGAUCCCAGCGCAAAAAACUCAGGCACAAUAUUGAUAGCACACUAGGUGAAUCGUUUAUAAAUUCAAUUCCCGUUGGUGACUACGCCGCUUUUGAGGGUGCCGAUGAAACGACUGGGAAGAGUGGCGUGUUGGGUUUACUAAAUCAGUAUUACAAAAAGUCGGAUGUAGGUAGAUAA